AUGAUGCGUCUGACGGCGUGGGGGUUCGGGGAUCUGAGGAUCCAGCGAGGUUGUGACGGUGGCGCUGGACCCAUGGAGGCCACUCGGUUUAGCCCCGAUAGCGGGGAAGGGCCCCGUGAUCCCGGGGGCCCGGCCUUGGAGACCGGGAGCGAUGCCGGGGCCGCUAGGUCCAGCUGCUUUUCCCAAGAUGGGGUCCAUGAUUCAGGGGCCAAUCAGGGUUCCGGGAAUUCCAGUCCAAGGGCCCCUGAGGCCCCCACCACUCCAGAGGCCAGCGCCAGGAAUCCAGGGGCCAGCAGCUGCGAGGGCUCCAGGGACAAUAAGAGCCCCGGGUGUUCUGGGGCCAAGAGCAAUGGGAAGCCCAGGGAUUCGAGGGCCAGCACCAGUGAGGAGCUUGGGGUUCCCCAGCAUGAGACCAAUGAGACCCCCGAUUCUUCAAGCCCCAGCAGCAAACAGCAAUGGGCUACCUCGUCCAUUGGCACCAAGAGCCCACAUGCUUCCGCAUCCUGUGGGGCAGAGGGGCCCCCAUCCAGCCUCAGUGGGAAUGACACCAAGGUUGCUUAUGGCACCAGUUGCUCCGAGGAACCCAGUUCCAAUGGGACCAGCGAUGGUACGGGCCCCUAUGCUGCCAGGACCAGUCCCACCCAGGAACUCACUGCCACGGACAACAACCCCCGUCCCAGCCCCGGUGAUGGUGGGGAUGGGUCCAUUGGGGCCAGGGGUGGCACCGUGGAGGGGCCAGAUGGUUCAAGGAUCACAGAACCCUUUAAAAAACCCACCCUUCCUGCACGCUCCGGUGGGAAUGAAAAGACCGUGGAGCCGAGAGACAAAUCAACAAGCUCCCCGUCACCCGCUCCUUCCGUCGGGGAAACGUCCCAGGAUGUCAGCCACAGGCUUCCCUCUGAUGCCUACAGAACCAGCCCUGCCAUUCCCUAUCGGGAGCCUCCGUGGUCCGGCAGGCCCAAGGCCCUUUACACCCUGGAGAUGCUGAAGGGUGGCAGUAUCGUAUCUACCAAAAACCUCGAUGAACUGAACUGGCUUGUAAUUGGCCGGCUUCCUGGUUGCCAUAUCUCACUGGAGCACCCGUCUGUUUCCCGGUACCACGCUGUUCUGCAGUACCGCCAUGUUCCCGGCUCUGAACCAGACCAGGAACCGGGUUUCUAUAUCUAUGACUUGGGUAGCACUCACGGGACGUUCUUAAACAAGCAGAGAGUCCAGCCCAAGACGUACUGUCGCUUUCGCGUGGGGCAUGUGCUAAAAUUUGGAGGCAGCACGCGGCUUUUCAUAUUGCAGGGUCCAGAAGACGACCAAGAACCUGAGAGCGAGCUGACAGUCACUCAGAUAAAGGAGGCGCGCAGGCAGAGAGAAAUCCUGCAGAAGAAAAUGCUGGGAGACGACUCCGAUGAAGACGAAGAGGAAAAGGAGAAGAAGCCCGAGCCGGGAGGGUCAGGGCAGGAGGAAGGGUGCACGUGGGGAUUAGGUGAGGACGCGCUUGAGGAGGACAAUGACGAAAAUCCAAUCGCUAUGGAGUUUCAGGAAGACAGGGAGGCUCUUUACUUGGAUAAUCCUAAGAAAACAUUACAGGGUUUCUUCGACAGAGAAGGCGAGGAGCUGGAGUUUGAGUAUGAAGAGCGCGGCGUUUCGAUUUGGCUCUGCCGGAUAAGGUUGCCAGCCGACGAUUCCGCGGGGAAGCAGCUUGUGGCAGAGGCUGUCCAUACGGGGAAGAAAAAAGAUGCGGCCGCGAUGUGCGCCCUAGAAGCCUGUCGCAUGCUGGACAUGAGGGGCCUGCUGAGACAAGAGGCAGUGUCCCGAAAACGAAAAUCCAAGCGGUGGGAAGACGAGGAUUUCUACGACAGCGACGACGACACUUUCCUGGACCGGACGGGGCUGGUGGAAAAGAAGAGACUCAACCGGAUGAAGAAAGCCGGGAAGAUCGAGGAGAAACCCGAAACCUAUGACUCCUUGGUGGCCAAGUUGGAUCUUGUUGAUAAGGAGCUUGCGGAGAUCGCUGCCAAGCUGAAAACGUCUCAAACGGGAACGUCGCAGACCAGCGGACAGGUAGAUUCCCUCGAUGCUUUCAUGACUGAAAUCAAAGCAGGCGCUUCGCUCGACGGUGUGACCCGCAAGAAGCUUCACCUGCAGUCAUGCGAGCUGAAGAAGGAGCAGCAGCGGCUGAAGGGAUUGAUCAAGCUUGUGGAGCCCACCAAGCUGCCGGAGCUCAGACCAGUCACGGAAGAAACCAAGACAAAAAAACCUGCGUUGCCAAUGUUUGGGGCCAUGAAAGGUGGACGCAAGUUUAAACUCAAAACUGGAACUGUUGGCAAACUGCCGCCCAAGCGAACCGAGCUCCCGGCCAGCUUUUUUACGACAAAAGAUGAAAGUAAAGAGCCAGACGAGGAAGAGGAGGAGGAGGAGGAAGAAGAGGAGGGCAUGCAAGUGGAAAGCAAAGAAAGCCGGGCUGCGCAGGACCCUGCAGAUGAACCUGCCAGGCAUGAUGAAGACGAUCUCAAAACCGCCACAGACCUAGGAAGCCACUUUCAGCCACCCGCAGCUGCCGACACGGAGACGACAGUAACUAAAGAAUCCAAGAGCGAUUGCAAAGAGGCCGCAGGAGCACGGGAUGGCACCAGAAUGUCCGAAUGUUCCAAGGAAGAGAAUAAACCUAAACAGAGGAGAAUGCUUGGUCCGAGCCGGCCUCCUAAAAGCCUCGUUUCCCCUAAAUAUCCUGAGGAUGACCCAGAUUAUUCCGUGUGGACACCUCCUGCAGGUCAAACAGGCGAUGGAAGGACCCAUCUGAAUGACAAGUAUGGCUACUGAUAGCCUCAUCAUGGAAAACGCUGCCCGCAAACAGAAGAUGGAGCCGCCCCGGCUGUCUUAUUUAUUCUGCGUGCAACUUUUAUUGUUUUCGUUGGCGUUUUAACCAAGGCUGGCCAAACUGCGCCAGGAUCUGUAUCGCGCAGGGUUUCUGCUCCAUAAACUCUAUCCCGCCGUUUCCGAUUGCCCUGGUGGCGUUGUUGCUGGUUUGCAAUGCAGAAUCCUCGCCUUCGCGAUGUUUGUAAAGUGAUCUGACCAGCGGAGCACUAACAGCCCAUUCUUUAACCCUUGCAUUGUCAGAAUGGCAUUCUCUGCCUCACUCCACCCCUUGGCACUUAUGGUGUUAACGCAAUGUAACACUUGCAAUCACCCAAUCUCACGAGCUGUACUUUACGGACUUAAAUCAAUCUAGAAAAAUGAUGCAUGUGGGGAAAAAUGGGUGUUUUCUUAAAGCAAUGUUCCUGGCUGCAUCCUGUGGGGGGGGGACAAAAUAAUAAACCGGCAAAUAAUGUAACCGAUAUAAGUAGCGCUGAAACAUACAUAUUGAUGGUGGUGUCGGAAUAACCAGUGAACCCCACAGGGUGGAGUGUAUGUGGUCAGUGGCUUGCGAUGGCUAAGCUUUGGCACCCCAGAUGUUGGAUGGCGCUCCCAGUGUUUUUGUUGAGCGUUCCAGUAGUAGUUACCGGUGGAUAGAAUCCGAACGUAACCAAGAAAAAAUAAGACUAAGCUAGCUAUUGGCUGAAAUGAAAGGCGCCGACACACUCGUAGUUUUCCCAUCAGUACGCUGUCCCAACUUUAGCAAACAGACCCCGGUUCCCCACUCAGUACUGAUGAUCGUAUAUUACCGGUACGGCCAGCCACCGGUUUUAGUUUUUGUUUUAUUUGAGCCACAAGCUUUGCAAGUGAGCGGCUUCUACGCAUCCGGUAUCAGGCCGCAGGUCAGUUUUUUUUGGGUGGGAAUCUUUGGAUUUUGGUGUUCAAUAUGUUUUUGUUUGUUUUUUUCUUUGUUGCCACCUUGUAGGGUUUUGAAGCUGUAAAUACUUCUUGUUUCUUAAAUAACAUUAAAAGCCUUAUGACUCGA